GGGGAACUCAGUCUCUAAAAUCUUCUGUUUGUAUUUCUCGUUAUUUUUUAGUUAUUCAAACAGUGUCGCAUGGUGAACAAUUUCGUCAUGUUUGCGUUGGUGUUCACGUUGCUCGUGAUUCUACUUCAGGGAACAGCUUUUGCCGCUGAGCAACCCAGUUCUAUCAAUAUUAUGUGCCCAUCUAAGACGUUGGAAACUGGGGAGGUUAUACAAUUAGUCUUAAAGAAGGCCGUUACUUCAGGCAUACCAAGUGUAUUUAAUGUACCCUCGGAGUUAUCAACAUGGUACCACUGUUCGAUACCAGCGUGUUUAUCGAACACCUGUCAACAUGGAGGAACCUGCGAGGAAACAGACGAGGGGUUUAACUGCACUUGCCUGGAUGGCUACUAUGGAGACAGAUGCGAGUACGACUCCUUCGUCCAGUCCGUGAGACUAGUCGGUGGAAGUAAAAGUGAAGGAAGAGUAGUUAUCACAUCUCGUUCUCGUCCUACAACCUACAUGUUAAUCCAUCAAUUAAACUGGUCCAGGAACGCUUCACGGUUGGUCUGCAAGUAUCUAGGAUAUGAAGAUGUAUAUGCGACAGUGGGAGGAGAUCUCUUCGAGAUUAUGUCCUUAGAUAAUAAUUCUGAAACUGUGACUGUGAGGUGCCCUGUCGAUGUGACUAGCAUUGCUGACUGCUGGUACGAAGAGAGGGCGGCGAUGAAUCCUAGGGAGGAGAGUAUAGCUGUUGUUUGCUGUAUUGUGAACCUGUGCAGUACACCUCGAGGUAGUCCAGUUGGUCUAGAAAGCGGUAAGGUUCCAAACAGCGCUAUUACAAUCUCGAGUAGGAGAAAUAAAAAUUGGGUAAACUGA